AUGUUUGGGUCAAACAAACCAGCGUUUGGUUCGAGCAAUGUAUUUGGAUCCACAACAGGUUAAUUUUUUUUGUAAAGCUAUUGUUAAUUCGUAUAAAAAAAUUUUUACAUUCUCAAUUUUCACUGGAUAAACUAUAAUCUCGAGUGCAAUUCGAAGAGACGUUCAAAAGGCGUACAUCAUUUUUUCUUGAAUUUUUUCUUGAAUUCAAGUCAAAGUUCCGUUAUAAAAAAGAAGAAAAGUAGAUUAAAAAACAACUGACGCUCAUCUCUGUAGAAAAUCGUAUAAAUAAUAAUAGUUUUUUUUUGUGAAUUGUAUUGAACUACAAAGAUCGAUGAAAAGUUUAAUUGUCUCACGAUCCAGAAGAGAGUAUUCUCUGAGAACUGAAUAAAUUGCUUUGAGCAAGUUUUACAAUAAAAAGUAGUUAAUUUGAGUUGAUUUUGAGUAGUAAUAAAUUAACAUUGCAGGUGGAUCGAGUUUAUUCGGCCAAACUAACAAGCCGAGUAUUUUCGGCCAACCGACAGGCACUUCCCCUGGGUCUAGCUUGUUUGGUAACCAACCAAAAACGAACUCUCUUUUUGGAAACACUCAGCCACAACAACAGUCGUCUAUUUUCGGUAGAAACUUAACUCAUACAUCGGCUGGAUCCCACCCCAGCCUUUUGCGCGCGAAAAAAAUUUUUUGAAAAUGUACUGAUGUAGGCCGCACUUUUCGGGGGGUAGACCGCAGUUUGCGGGGCCGCAUCCCGGGGUGGGAUCCAGCCGACGGAUGUUUUGGCUCUUAUUUUCUGCAUUCUGUUUUUAGGAUCAAAUCCAGCUCAAAAUACGGGAGGAGGAUCUCUGUUUGGAGGAGCAAAUCCUGGAAAAUCAAUAUUUGGCACUCCAACCAACACAGGAACCUCCAACCUUUUCGGUUCCAAUACUAACAACACUUCAAGCGGAGGAAGCUUGUUUGGAGGAAACAACUCGAAUCCAACGACAGGGGGUGGUCUCUUUGGAAGUAAGUUUUCAGAUCUACGAAUGAAACUCAAUUUUAUUGCUUGCAGCAUCAAUAUCAUCAGCUAAUGGAACUACGGUGAAGUUUGAUCCACCCAUCGCCCAAGACACGAUGAUGAAAAACGGGACGCCUCAAAAUAUAUCUACGAAACACAUCUGUUUGACUGCAAUGAAGCACUACGAAAACAAAUCAGUCGAAGUAAAUUCUAAAAAUUUACACGCAAAAAACCGUAUUUUAGAAAUGGACCUCUUUUUUGAAAAGACAGAUUUCUUGAACUCUCUUCAUCUUUUUGUAGAUUGAAAAAGUUCUCUUGAAACAGUUUCCCGUUCAAUUUCGCUUUUUGUUCGAAGAUCUUUGGUAGAUUUAAAAAAAUUAUGCAGUCUACGAUUUGCAUCCUAUCCAAUAAAAUGAGUACACAAAGAAUAUCAUUAUCGUUGAAAGUUCUCUUCAUUUGCAAUAACACUCUUUGAUGGUUUUGCAAUCAAGAAAGCUAUCUACGCAAAUUUUCAGUUCUAGGAAUAUGCAGAGAAAUAUGAAGCUACUGAAAACUACUUUAUAAACGAACGUAUUUUUAUCGCUUUGUAGAUGAAAAAUAACGCGAAAGCAAAGACUAGCCACUUUUCAAUGUGUUAGACUAAAUAUGCAUUUUCGUAGCUCUUGAUUCCGUUCAAAAAUUCGCUCGUUCUAGGAGUUGCGGAUAGACGACUACGUCGCCGGGAGAAAAGCUCCCUCCGGCGGGAGCCUCACCAGCGGCACCAGCAUUUUCGGAUCUUCGAACUCUUCUUCUCUCUUCGGAAACAACAACAAUCAACAGCAGCAGCAACAGAAAACCUCACUUUUUGGAGGAGCCUGUACAUCCAAUUUCUAAAAACUUUGUAUGAAGAUUUUUCCAGCUAACACGUUCGGCAGCGGAUCAACUAACACUGGAACAUCAUUAUUCGGAAAUACACAAUCGCCUUCUGCGACAGGCUCUAUUUUUGGCGCGAAACCAGCUGGUGGAGGACUUUUUGGUUCUAAUACAGGUGUGAUUUGAUUUUUGUUUCACUACUUUUUUCCAACUCAGGUGCCUCAACUUUUGGAAGUACUGGCGGAGGUUCUUUAUUUGGGAACAACCAACAACAACCGAGUACAACGGUACGUGCACAAUCUAGGAGCCAACCCUUAAAAUUCCAGCUUUUCCGCCAGUCCUCAUGAAAAUUGGCUCACAAGGGAGAUUUUUCAGUUACCACUUAGUUUGCUGAAGCGUACUUCAGGACCUCCUGACUUCAAAACAAAAACGAAUUUCUCGACCUCUGGCUCAUAAUUUCGCUACAACUUUUAAAAUGCUUUCAAUAGCGCCCUUUUCCAUAUUUGUUCAGUUUUCUGAAGUGAAAGCGUCUUAUUCGGCGAUAAAGCAAAAGGCGUGAAAUAUUUUUUCGUAAGGUCUCCAAGUACACUUAAGACAAGUUUCAUCAAAAGUGCGAAUCAGGGCGGAAUCCUUUUACCUUGUCAGAAAAGUCACCUUAUAAGUCUAAAAUCAAAACGAUAACACGAUAAAAAAAUAGUUCUAAGAAAAAAAAACUUGAAAUCGUAUCUUUAGAAUUUUUUUCUCACCAGGGAAUGGUCUCAGCUCACAGUGGGACUUCUGAAAGAGACCAUAUUUUCUAAAUGUAGUUUUUCACGCUGAUUCCAAAUCCGUUUUCAAAAGCUGCCACCGAGGCCUGUGAAAAAAGUUAUGGACCCUCAAAAGUCGAAAAUUUCAUAGUCUCCGAUCGAGCUCAUUUUUAGAAGGUAUAUAGUCCUUCUUUCCCUUGUCACGAUAAACCAUCAAAUUUUUUCAAAAAACCUUUAUGAGCCAAGAUAUGACCUUUCAAAGCCCCGCCGCACACGAGAAUGCGCGCGCGGUGUAGUAUUGCGAUCUGACGGCUGUCGAAGCAACGGCAGCGAGGAGCAGUGGAAAGGCGGCGGACUGGGGAUCACGAGGUCAUAGGUUCGGUGCCCACGCUGCGCAAACUUUUUUUGCAGUUUUUUUCUUUUUGGUUAUUUCCGUGUAAGUGCUCCUUUUUUGAGUUUCGAAGCGUAGAAACAUGAAAACAUUGCGUUUCGAGCCUAUUCAAACAGCUGGACUUCUUUUUGUCGCAAAUUUUUUCAUGGAUUUUUUCGAGAUUUUCCAUGUGUAUGCACAGGUUGGAAUGUCAAAAUUUUCAGAAAAAAAACUUUUGGUUUUUUUUUUUUGAAAACUGGCUAGACGCAAGUUUUCAUAACUGCGCUGGUAGAAAAACGCAGACAUUUUUUUCGGAAUUUUUUUGUCUCUGGUUUUUACUCACCACUCUACGAGAAGAAAAAAACUUUCAAUUUUAUUUCAGGUUGUGGCUGAAAUUUCCAAGGAGGUUUCUUUUGAUUCAUAAAAAAAUUUUAGAAAAAAAUCUCCUCACAAAAAAAUUUUUUUCGUUCAAUUCUUGAAAAAUUCAUAGUCAGACGACGGUCAUAGGUGAGCCCACUGCAAAGCACCAAAAAGUCUAUUGAAGAAAAAAAUAACCUUUUUUUCGGUGUUCGACAAGCGUAGCUAUGAUGGCUUGGGGUUAGACAAUAUUUGGAAAAAGAAAAGAUUAAAAAAAACCAAAAAAAUUUUUCUGAAAAUUUUGACAUUCCAACCUGUGCAUACACAUGGAAAAUCUCGAAAAAAUCCAUGAAAAAAUUUGCGACAAAAAGAAGUUCAGCUGUUUGAAUAGGCUCGAAACGCAAUGUUUUCAUGUUUCUACGCUUCGAAAUUCAAAAAAGGAGCACUUACACGGAAAUAACCAAAAAGAAAAAAACUGCAAAAAAAGUUUGCGCAGCGUGGGCACCGAACCUAUGACCUCGUGAUCCCCAGUCCGCCGCCUUUCCACUGCUCCUCGCUGCCGUUGCUUCGACAGCCGUCAGAUCGCAAUAGGACACCGCGCGCGCAUUCUCUUGUGUGCGGCGGGGCUUUGAAAGCUCAUAUCUUGGCUCAUAAACAUUUUUCGAAAGAAUUUGAUAGUUUAUCGUGACAAGGGGAACAAGGACUAUAUACCCUCUAAAAAUGAGCUCGAUCGGAAACUAUGAAAUUUUCGACUUUUGAGGGUCCAUAACUUUUUUCACAGGCCUCGGUGGCAGCUUUUGAAAACGGAUUUGGAAUCAGCGUGAAAAACUACAUCUAGAAAAUAUGGUCUCUUUCAGAAGUCCCACUGUGAGCUGAGACCAUUCCCUGGUCAGACUUUUGGAAUUAUAUUUUUAUAGGUCUUAUCCACGCGGCGAAAUUUCAACAGGCUUCUUGUCGAAAAUUGAUUUCUUAUUAAACGUGUACAGGGAACGUCAUUGUUUGGUGGGGCUUCUUCCACGGGUGGUAGCCUAUUCGGAGGUCAAACACAACAAGCGCAACCACAACAAUCCACUGGCUUCUCUUUUGGAGGCGCUUCUACGGUUUUCUGCCAUUUUAUAACUUAACUUUUUUUUUUGAAGGGUGGAUCCCUGUUUGGACAACCGGCUGCAAAUACGACUGGAAGCUUGUUUGGAGGGAACACAAACGCCUCGGGUGGGACAGGUCUUUUUGGAAAGCCUGCCGCCGCUACGACUGGAUUCUCUUUUGGCGGCUCGUCCGGUGCCACGAAUACCUUCGGUAAGAAUCUCCUGCGUUUGGAAGCAUCGCUAGGACUCAGGUACACCUUCAACUGGCGGCGGCUUGUUCGGAGGCGCCACUAACAAACCCACAGGAAGUCUUUUCGGUAACACAGGAACUGCCACCGGAGGCGGUCUUUUCGGCUCUCAGCCGGCGGCAGGAGGAAGUCUCUUCGGCUCCUCGCUCACUCAAGCGCAGCCUGGUGGUCAGUAA